AUGAGCCCGCGGGGCGGGCGCGGGGCGGGGCCGGAGUCCGCGAGUCCCGCCCGGCUGCGGGGGGGCGGGGGCGCACCUGCGGGCGGGGGACCCUUGGCCGCCUCCCGGCCGGCCAGGCCCAGAGGAGCUCUGGCCCCCGCAGCCCGGCCCGCGGGUCGGAUGGGAGCCCGAGGCCUCGCCGCGAGCCCGCCGGCCCGGAGGGGGAACACCCAGCCGUGCGGCUGUGAGCCAAAGUCAGACUCGUGGAGCAGCCGUUUGGCAGUAAUGCUAGGGUCCCCAGCUGGCCACAGCCUCCCCCCGCCCAGCGCCCUCACCCCGAGUUUCGGAAGGACCCCCGCGGUACCCGGGGCUGCGGACCCGCCCUCCGCCAGGCCCGCGGCGCCGGCCCAGGUGCGAGGGGGCGGAGGCUGUCCCGGGGCACCUGCUUCGCCGCCUGGGCGGAUCACUGGUCAGCGGUUUUCCUUUGCAGGUCUCCAGGGGCGCGGCCGCUUGAGCUCAAAACGAUCUGCCACCUACCUGCUCAGCUUACUCGCCCCUGGCCUCAGCUUCCUCACCUCGGACUGGCGCACUAAAAGGUGUUAA